GGAUCUGGACGGGUUGAUUCGGGAGAUAUUCAGUAGCUCUCAGCAUGAGAGCUGAUGGUUUUCAUUAGUUACACCAACAAAAUAUAUGUGACUUGUCUGUUUCCUUAGAUGGUACAAGUUACAUUUCUUUGAUUGGAUGGGAAAACCAUUCACGCAACCCACGCCCAGGAAAAGCCGCCCGGCUACUUCCGACGGAACAAGCCGCGCGCAACCGAGUCUGGCUCUGGCUCUCGGAAGCGCUCCGUCUUCCGUCUCACUCGGAUUUCCCCUCCCCCCCACCUUCCCCCACCAUAAAAAAAAGACGACCCCAAGAUCACCACCAAAACAAACCCCCAAUUGACCCUUUCCGCAAUCAAACCCCACACAACCACUUCAGGCUCAAUUCUCUCACACCAUCAACAAUGACAACCGCUCCCAAAAUGACGCCCGAGGAGACCCUGGCGCACGUGCAAACCGUCAGCGCGACCCAGCGCGCCAACAGCCCCAUCUACGCCCACCUCCUGGCGGACGUGACCAUCACCGCCGCCACCGAGGGCCACCUGCUGGCGACCAUCCGCAUCGCCCAGCCCCACAUCAACUCCAAGGGCGGGCUGCACGGGACCAUGUCCGCGUGCCUGGUCGACUGGGCCGCGGGCAUGGUCAUCGCCACCUACGGCGGCAGCUACACGGGGGUGAGCACGGAUCUGCAUGUCUCGUACGUGGCGUCCGCCCGGGAGGGGGAGACGCUGGAGGUGACCGGGCGGGCGAUGAAGGUCGGCGGGACGAUGGCGUACGUCUCGGUGGAGAUCUGCAAGGUGGUGCCGGAUGAGACGGGUGGGGGGGAGAAGAGGGUGGUGGUCGCCACAGGGUUGCAUACGAAGUUUGUGAAGCAGCGGUGAUUGGUGUCCAACUCUGAGAGUUGCGCUAUGCUUUGGGUGGAUUGGAGAUGUGCAUGUUCAUGGAUGGCGUUGUUUCUGCUGAGCUGCUUCUUCAAUGGAUGGACUACUUCUACAUUAUAGAUGGGGAGGGUGGAAUUGUGAUUUAAAUCCACAGGUUAUCUUCAUG